UUUCUGACGGACGCGACGCAUUUUCUUUCAAAUAAAGCGCUAACAAUUUUUAAAAAUUUGUUGAAUUAACUAAGAAAAAAAUACAAAAAAAGGAAAGAAAACAUGUUCAGCGAUCCGGCUCUCGACCGCCACUUCACUGGCCACUCGGGCAGCAUCACCCAGCUGCGCUUCAGCCCCGAAGGCUCACAGAUCGCAACGUCUUCGCUGGACGCCUCUGUAAUUUUGUGGAAUCUGAAUCAGGCUGCCCGCUGCAUUCGCUUCGGAUCGCAUUCGGCGCCGGUGUAUGGAGUGUCGUGGUCGCCAAAGGGCAAUCUGGUGGCCUCCGCCGGCCACGAUCGCACGGUGAAGAUCUGGGAGCCGAAGGUGCGUGGCGUGUCCGGGGAGUUUGUGGCUCACAGCAAGCCAGUGCGCAGCAUUGACUUUGACCCGACUGGCCACAUGAUGCUGACGGCCUCCGACGACAAGUCCGUGAAGAUGUGGCGCGUGGCCAAGCGCCAGUUCAUUUCCUCGUUCACCCAGCAGACCAAUUGGGUGCGCGCCGCCAAAUUCAGUCCCAACGGCAAGAUGAUUGCCACCGUCUGCGACGACAAAUCGCUGCGCAUCUACGACGUCAACACGGGAGAGUGCGUGCGCACGUUCACCGAGGAGCGGGCCGCCCCACGGCAGGUGGCAUGGCAUCCGUGGGGCAACAUGGUGGCCGUGGCCCUGGGCUGCAACCGCAUCAAAAUCUUCGACGUAGCCGCCAGCCAGCUGCUGCAGCUGUACGUGGUCCACUCGGCGCCCGUCAACGAUGUGGCGUUCCAUCCCAGUGGACACUUUUUGCUGUCCGGAAGUGAUGACUGCACCAUACGCAUUCUGGACCUGCUGGAGGGCAGACCCAUCUACACCCUGACAGGCCACACGAAUGCCGUAAACGCUGUGGGCUUUUCCCAGGAUGGGCAAAAGUUUGCCACUGGCGGCAACGAUCGUCAGCUGCUAGUGUGGCAGUCUAAUCUGCACACUUACGAUGCCUCCAAGUUCGAGGCCAAGUCGUCGGCCCUCGUCUCCACCAGUUGCGACACGAGUGCAGCCUCCUCUUACCAGCAGAGCAACGCCAACAGCACAGCCCAGUCGAACGACCGCAGUAUUCGCAUCGAUAUGCGCCAGUCGCAGGCCUAUCAGAGCUCGGAUGAAAAUUUCCAGGUGCUUGACAGUGAACACACAAAGCUACCCCAGACACCAACAAGUGCCAGCAAAUCUUCUUCGGCUACGACUUCGGGUGGUCAGCCGUCACGCAGCAAGCUGGUGGCCAAGGAGUUGGACUUCAAGCCUUGCAGCCCCAGUCCACCCUUCUACCAUUAGUUCACUAGCUUUACUCUCACAUACCAUUCGUAAUUAAAGCCAUAACCAGACGAA